AUGGCGGAUUCUGGGGUCAGGAUGGAAUUGGUGGGUAAAACCAGCGAGAGGAAAACCCGGCGCCACGUCCCCCGGCUGACUCGGGGAGAGCAGGGAUUGGAGCCCACGCGAGGGGCCUGGCCGGUGGCUGCGGGGAGCGCCCUGCAGUGCGAGGUGUGUCAGUCCAAAGCGGGAUCGUGCUCCGGCCCCCUGCAGCCCUGCGCCCCCUCGGAAGGGACCUGCGUCGCUGCUGUGGCAGAGUUCAACCUCGAGGAAAACUCCUUCUCCUACGCGGCUAAGUCGUGCCUGGAGCCCGAGAGCUGUGAGCCCGGCCCCUUCACGGUGACCUCCACCCGCAAUAACACCGUGCGGGUGAACAUCGCCUGCUGCAACACCGACGGCUGCAACGCCGGGGCCAUCCCAGUGCCAACCGUGAGCUCCGUCCCGAACGGCCGGCAGUGCCCGUCGUGCUUCGCCAUGGGGGCAGAUCGCUGCCAGGACAUGGAGCCCUUGGCCUGCACCGGCGCCGAGGACCAUUGUAUUGACAUCGCUGGGACAUUAACGCUGGGUAACGAGACCCUGACGAGGGCUGCGACUGGAUGCGGCUCCCCUGGCGCCUGCGGCAUGAGAGUGGGGGUGAAGAAAUACGCCCAGGGCGUGGUGGACGUGCUGAGCCGGGCCGAGUGCGACCCGGCUCCCUGGGCCGGCGGGGAUCUGUGA